UGUUGGAGUUACGUUUGUUUAAAAUCAAACGGCAACAGAAGUUUGUUGGUGAAGGAUCGGGAGAGCCGGAGUCCUCUGCGAUGCCCGGCCGAUUCUAAUAUCGAGUUGAGUCUGAUUGUGGCCGUUUUACUAGAGAACGUAGGGCCCAGAGGAUUCCGACUAAGCAAUAUUGGGUGAGAACUAAACGAAAUUGAGGAAGAGUCCCGAUAGUUUUUGUAAAUAACUUGGAAGCUGCAAGAAGGCCCACCGGGAUUGAACACAAUGGCUACGAUCAGGGUACACGAGGAUCAGGAAAAUCGUAUUGCUGCGGACAUCAGGCGCGGAAAGGAGAAUACCACGGUCAACCUUAACAAUGGGCAGCAACAGCCACUGAAUAACAAGCGUGCUGUUCUUGGAGUUAUACACAAUAAUUGCCACCGCAAUGGCAAACCGGAUUUAUGUGGUAAAGAUGAGAAGUAUCCGAAGCCAAAACCAUUUGUACCGCCACAAUAUGAGCCAUUCAAAAUCUAUGACGAUGGGAAAAAAGAUGAUGGACUGUUCAAGGUCUAUGAAGACAAACUUGAACAGGAGACAUCAGUUGCUCUCCGUGAGAGUAAAGAUAUUGCCAAGGAGUCCAAACCUCUAGCUCUAAAGGCUGAGCUAAAGACAGAACGCGAUAAACCGAUCCUUGAAGUGAAUCCAACGACGGUGAGCAUUCAGCCGUCGAUCAGGGCGGUUCUACAGGAGAUUGAUCAAAAGAAGAAUGAGGAUCUAUUCCCUGGUGAAAUGCCUAUGUCUCUAGAGAAAUCCGUAGAAAAGUCGCAUUCGACAUCCUCUGACCCUAGAAAAGAUCUUCGAGCUAAACGUGAAGCCAGUAAAUCAAUGCGUGUCAAUUUCUUUGACGUGGACGAAUACAGGGCGGAUAUUUAUAAUUAUCUACGAGUGGCCGAGAGGCAACAUAGACCCAAACCUGGUUAUAUGAAAAAACAGCCUGACAUAACAUAUUCUAUGAGAUCGAUACUUGUUGAUUGGCUUGUUGAGGUAGCUGAAGAGUAUCGAUUACACAGUGAGACUCUCUACUUAGCUGUCUCUUACAUAGAUCGUUUUCUAUCAUAUAUGAGUGUCGUGAGGGCUAAGCUUCAGCUUGUAGGAACUGCGGCAAUGUUUAUUGCGGCGAAAUACGAGGAGAUCUAUCCCCCUGAUGUAGGUGAAUUCGUCUAUAUCACAGACGACACGUACACGAAGAAACAAGUCCUCAGAAUGGAACAUUUGAUUCUCCGGGUACUCUCGUUCGACCUUACUGUGCCAACGCCAUUGGCUUUUUUAAUGUAUUAUUGUAUAAGCAAUAACCAGUCUGAUAAGGUUCAGUACUUAGCGAUGUACUUGUGUGAACUGUCUUUACUGGAAGCCGAUCCCUACCUUCAAUAUCUUCCUAGCCAUUUGGCUGCAUCAGCUGUCGCUCUGGCGCGACAUACACUCCACGAAGAAGUAUGGCCCCACGAGUUAGAACUCUCCACAGGAUAUAGUUUUCAUGAUCUCAGAGGAUGCUUAUCCUGUCUGAGCAAGACAUUUAGUAACGCCGCCAAUAUACAGCAACAGGCAAUACAAGAGAAAUAUAAGAGCAGCAAGUACGGCCAUGUAGCACUGCUACUACCACGUAGCACGGACGUUCUGUCUUCCGAGGAGGACACGGAGAGUGCCUAGCGCAGUUACGGAAAUUUGUAGUGUGUCUCGCAGUGACUAGUGUUCUAUUCUAAAUGAAAACGCUGAUGACCCUGAGUUUUUACUAACAGAAAACUCUUAUCAGGACACUGCGAGAACACGAAACGAUUAACGAACUUCCCGACAGCUGUGAAUGUUGAGCAGCGUCAAGUGGGGUCGGGAGGGGAUCAGGCCAAGACUGACAACAUAAUCUGCUAAAAUGUGAGGCGGUAAAUGAUCCUAAGCGGUAUCAAUGAAGAUGAAUAGAAAAGGAAUGAACUGAAAAUAAAAAAAAUAUAUAGGGCCAACAUGAUGUGAUGAGAAAAGAGAAGAAAGAAGAAUAAGUGUGGCAUCAGUGCAUGUGUGAGAAAAAUCUAGAGACGGAAAAGAAGAAAGUGAGAAACAGAGAGAGGGAGGAGAGAGAGAGAAAACCCUUUUAAAAAUAUGCUAGUGGGUAUUUUGAAUCUUAUCGGCCGGUAUGAUCCGAAUGUGAUAACGUACAGGACGUUAGAGGUCCGCCGUAUUACAGGUCGUUACAUUAACGGUCCGGUUGGCCAAAGUUACUCAAUUAAUUUGUGCCUCCUUAGUCUUAAUAUUCAUAUUCCUUAAUUAAAGAGAUAAAUAAUUUCCUCUGGGAAAGUUCAAUGCAAAGUAUCUCGUGCGCCAGUGACAUACGUAGAAAAAUGACAGUUCAAUGACGGAAUGCUAGGUGCGAUAAAACGCCCAAUAAUAAUUAUUUCUCAACGAGACGAUCUGUAUUUAUUUGUCGACUCAUUGUUUUUUUUCUCUUUUAAAGACACGAAAUUAGGAACGUCCAAGUAACAUGCGCGCCGUGUUGUUAUUCGCGACACGUACUUGUCAGAUUUUUUUUCUUAAAUAUCUUGUCUAUAUAUUGUGCAUCGUCUCAGAGGUUCACACAUUAAUAUCCGCUUUUUGCUUGUCCUUUGUGGUUUUUUUUUUUUAUAUUUUCAAGAGAAUCAAAAUUUUCACAUGCCUUUUAAUGUUCGAUGUAACGGUCGCUUCGAAAUUUUACUUAUACUCACAGAGACGUCUGCGCCUCUAUUUUUUUUAGAGAGAAAAAAGAAAAAGGAGAAACAAGAGAAUAGAACAAAACAUGCCGGAAUUCACUUGUACAGUUUAAUUUAUUUUUUACAAGUUUCUAUAUAGUAUCCUGAAUUUUGCUAUAUAUAUCUCGCCGUCUCCCUAUAUAUACGUAUAUAUACAUACAUACAUAUAUUAAUUAUUACUCUCAUCCUUUGAACGUACUGUAUUUUUUUUCUUUCUCACGUGAAUUGUUUCUCAGAAUUUCGGAAUUUGCACUAUGUUGUUCGCAACAUGAAAUUUCGUACGUCAGAUGUGAUAAAGUCGGAUUAAUCACUUCUUGCCACCUUGUGACGUUGUUGUAUUCUUUUUCUUUUUCUUCUCCCUUACAGGUAUAUAUAUAUAUAUACAUAUAUUUUUUUCUAUCGACGUGCCUUCCUUUUACAACAUACAAUCUCGUUUUCCUAACGGAUCGCUCUUCAAUUUCAUGAUAAAUCUUUUAAAGAUAACAGCGACCCACCCAUGCUGCCAAUUCUUUUACUAGACAAAAUAAAUCCUGACGAUGUAAUAAGUUAUUAUUUCAUAUAAAUAAACGUACUGCGCUAGCAUGUA